CCGCGGCGUCCCGUGAGGGGCCGGGCCGGCGGAGAGCUCGUCCUGCGGCCGCGCCAUGGGCCCAGUUAAACUGAACGUGUUGCCUCAGGCGGUCCUCCAAAGCCCAGGGGAACAUCCCAAGUUUAUAGAGCAGCCUCUUUGCCCCCCAUUAGAGUUUGCAAGGAUUCAUUUGAUCAAAGACAAAGAUGCCAUAGAUGAUUAUUUGGCGAAGAAUAUCAAAGGGGUGUCAAAACAAGAAGCUGCUGCUUACAGGAAUUCAUACAAGAAGAACAUCUGCAUAGACAUGCUGCGCCAGGGUUAUCACAAGUCCUUCUCUGAGCUCUUCACUCUGAUCCAGAAGUGGAAUGCCUUGAGGGAGGCUGCAGGGCCUGGGUCAGCCAUAUGGCAUGAGAAGUCCCUGGAGGAGCAGCCUGAUAAGCUGGAUCAGCUUUACCACUUCCUGACCGGGGCUGAGGCAGCCCAGCGAGCAGGGCACUAUGAGAAGGUGUAUGAUAACCAGCUUAGCUUGGCCUGCUUUUUCAGUGACCCUGAGGACAAAUGGUUAAGUAACUACUUUUAUGAGCAAAGCUAUAACACUGCUCAGUUAGUAGAAAUUGAUGGUGGAAAGAGAAAGGCACAAGCAUGUGUAAACAUGGGCCUCAUCGAAGAGGAAGAAGGUCAUGUCACGAAGGCUGCUGAGCAUUUUGAAGCGUUUUAUCAGCUAACAGAGGGCUCAUCAUGGAAGGACGAGACAGGCCGCACUUAUGCUUCACUGGCAUGUCAGCAUCUCUGGAGAAUUUAUACAUUGCUAGCAGACAAAAUGCUGGAAAAUAAAGAUCACCAAGAGGCCAUCAAAACACUAAUAAAAGCUUUAAGGAUGGCAAAAGAAGGAGGUGAUAUAAAGAUGCAUGGAGAAGCAGCCUAUUGCUUAAGUCUAGCAUAUCAUUUUUCUGGAGAACAUGAGACAGCAUUAGCAGUUUUGAACACCUCUGUAGAAAUCUUCACAACCCUUUGUGAUUCUGCUGGCCUGGGCAGAGCAUAUGCAGCUGUAGCCCAGAUCCUGGCAAGUCAGGGAAAAUCAAAUGAGGCUGUGAAGUACUUGGGAGAAUUUAUGAAGAAUGCUGAGAGCGCUAAUCUAAGCCAAAGCCUGGUGGAUGCAAAUGUCCUACUUGGAAAAGUUCACAAUGAAAGAGGGAACUAUAACAAAGCUCUGGAACAUUUCUGUCAGGCCUCUGAGGCAGCAAAAUCUUUGAACAACUUGCCCUUGGUGGCUGAAACAGAUAGCUACUGUGGCAUCGCCAAGGCCCAUCAGCUGAUGGUGCCGUUCAACAGCCACGUAGCAGCAGCAGCGGAUCCGCUCAGCCUGCAGUGCCUGCUGGCAUGGAAGCAAAACAGAAGUGACAUGUGCGCUGACCCUCUUACAGCCGACCCUCAUAAGGAAACAAGUGCCUCAAAACCUCUGUGAGCCUCUGUCCAAGACUUUAGAUCUUCCUGAGGAUGCCUGCUUAUUGACUCAGAAGCUGAAGUAUGAUGACUGCAGGAAGAUCCUUGAAGAGCAGUGUAACAAAGUAGGAAUUUCAGCUAGGGUUUUGCCAUUAAAAUGCUAUUAUCAAAAAAAAAAAAAAAGCAUCUGUUAUUGAAAUAAAUAUUAAAAAAAGACAAAGAGUAGUAGAAUAGAAAGUUUUUACUUUGUGCCCCCAUUGCUUAAUGUCUUCCAAAGUCAAAAUUCUCCUGUUAAGAUAUUAAACAUGAAUGGGAAUCCAAGAUGCUCAAUGCCUUGUAAGAUCAAGAUCCAAAUGUGUCUGGAAAGUUUUAUUUAAAUCCCAGAUUGUGAUCCUUUUCAGAAAACUUAUUCAUAGAGCUAGCAGUGGUUGUAGUUCAUGUAUAAUGGUUGGGGUUCAGCUGUAGCUGAAAUAGAACUGAUCCAGCCUGGUGGCACACUAUGGUGCAAUUUUGAUCCAAUCUUUAACACAGGUUGGACUCAAAGCACAACCAGAUUUGUUUAAAAUCCAUUUGGAUGCAAUCAAACCAGAUGUGGUCCCUCCCAGCCUGACCCAUUCUGUGGCUCUGUGCUUUACAACAUCAGGUAAACUAAAAUUCUGCUUAGGUUCUUUCUGUUAAAUAAUCUGAAGCACUGAUUUUGGACUCUGUAAAAAAAUUGUGUCCAUUUUGAGCUGAUGAAAAUCCUGACAGUGAGUUCCACACAUGACCCGCUGACAUCUGUGGUCUUCACAGUCCUCCAAGGACUCAGAGUCCUCAGAGCCUGCUACCAUCGCUGUUGGCAUUAAGUAGAGAACAAAAAUCACUUUGCAAAAUACACAUAAAAAUGGGACUUGGAACCUUUGAAUUUUAUUUAGGAAAAUUGGUGAUUCAUAAUUUCACAUAUUAGAAAACAAACCCUUUCUUUUAAACUAAACAAAGCUGUAGUACUCCCAGCAGCCGACCAUUCCUUUCUUUAAAUGGAGGUUUGCAGACUCAGAGUUUGUAGCGAGGUCCAUUAGACCUAUAAUCAGGUUUUAUGGUGGUGUUUGAGCAAGCAUUAGCUUUUGCCAUAGUAAUAACUCAAUUCACAGUUUUCUUCAGCAUUGUAAUCCAAGUAUUUGGUUGACAUGUGACAACAGGGUUUCUCCCUGUUAAAGAAUAGUAAAAAUGUAUCAUUAACCAGCUCUUAUUAGACUAUUUUUGAUCCAAAAUGCUGUAUACAUGCAAUUUAAACACAAAUAGCUCAAUAAUUUUAUUCUGUUGUUUAUAGGUCUUUAUUGUCUGAACACCAUGUUUAUUAUAACAAUGUUAAUUUAGAAGGCUUUUGCAAGGCUGAAAAGUUGUACAGAAAUAUUCCCACGUGCAAUUAUGCACACACAUAGGCAGCAAAUCUCUUUUCUGAGUGCUAAAAGGAGGUAAACAUUUUAUGGAAACCAGAAAGAGAAACAGGACUCUGAAUUAAAUGUAAACAACAUCUGUAUUGUUUACCACUUAAGUUUCCCCCUUAUAUUUUAAUAAUAUUGAUAUGAAGUAAGAAAAACAUUCUAAAACCAGCACAAUUUUGCAAAUAAUAUCUUAAAAUCCUGUUAACCUACAAGCUCUUCUAAUCUCUUUAAGUAUAGCAUGACUGCUAAUUUUAUAUAUUUGGAAUUUCUUUUAUCAAAAUAUUGUUGAAAGAAAUUACAUAAUUGAAUUUGGCCUUCGUAGUAAAAAAAAAAGUAAGUACAUAAAAUAACAUAAACUACACUAGUGUCCUAGAAAAGACAAAUUAUCAAAUUAUCAAAUUAUCAAGGGCAAGUUUCUAAAUUCUUAAUGGCUUUUAACCCCAUGUACAUUUCUGCAGGAAUUGAAUGUUCUGUUUAUGUGUCUCAAAAGUUAUCAUCUAAUUAUGUUAAAUAGCAUCCAUGAUUUUCACUAUUUUUUGCCAAUCUGCACCCAUUGCUACAUGAUAACUCUGAGAUGCUUGUGAAAAACUGACAUGAAUUAAUCCCCUACCGUGUCAACGCUCCCAUACUUUUUAACA